AUGGGAAAGGGAAGUGCUCUUAAGGGCAAGAAAGGCAACGCAGCCAGCUGCGCGGGCAGCCCCGGUGACCAGUUGGUAUGUGUAUCGGAAGAAGUGCAGCCCCGACAUUAUGUGUAUGUCGGGAAAGCACCCCCGAACGAAGCCGUGGGUGCGACGAAGGGCACACCCACCAAAGGAUCCAAAGGAGCCAGCACGUGGAAUGCUGAAAAGGGCACAGGCAAGCCGGGGGGAAAAGCCGACAAAGGAAAGGGGUUGAAGGGAGGCAAACCCAGCGGUUCGUCUCCCUCAAGUGGCGGCGAUCAGUUUGAGACACCCACACCCAAGCGGCGCACCACCGAAUGCUUGGAGUCGGGCACACCGCCAACUAGGCCGAACCCGAACCCAUCCCCGACCACCUCACCGAACGACCCGAAGCUGACAGGCACGGGAACCCCCAAGGGCCACGGUUGCAACACCAAGGGAGCUUGGCAGAAAGGGGUCGUAGACCAGGGUGGUAAAGGCAAGCAGGGUGGAAAGACCGGCGCGAAGGGUGCCAAAGGUGCCGGCGUGGAUCCGAGUGCCGCUGAUCAGGGUGUCAAGGGUGCCUUGGACCAGACCGGCAAAGGCAAGACAGGUACCACGAAGGGUGCUGCGCAUCAGUCGGAUGGCAAAGGCUCGAAUGGUGCCACUGCCGCUGCCGAUGGCAGCGACAAUAGUUCGAUGGCGAGCAAUUGUAAGGGCAAGAUCGGCAAAGGCGCAGCCGGUCUGGAUCAGAAGGGCACCACGAAGGGUGCUGUGGAUCAGAGUACCAAAGGUGCUGUGGAUCAGGGUGUCAAGGGUGGCUUGGAUCAUAAAGGCAAAGGCAAGAAGGGUACCACGAAGGGUGCCGAUCAGUCGGGUGGCAAAAGCUCGAACGGUGCUGCUGCUGUGGAUCCGAGCAGAGAUGACACCUCCCUUGAUCAUGGUGCCGCUGUUGCCCCGGAUCAGACGUCUGGCAAGGGCACGAAGGGUAAGCCGACUUCCAAGGGCAAGACGGUUUGUGACCCGGUUGGCAAAGGCACGAAGGGCUCUGAUGGCAAGGGCGAGACGAAGAGUGCUCCGGUUGGAAAAGGCAAGAAGGGCUCUGAGGAUGGCAAGGGCAAGACGAAGUGUGCCCCGGUUGGCAAAGGCAAGAAGGGCUCUGAGGAUGGCAAGGGCAAGACGAAGUGUGCCCCGGUUGGCAAGGGCAAGAAGGGCUCUGAGAAUGGCAAGGGCAAGACAAAGUGUGCACCGGUUGGCGAGGGCAAUGAUGUUGCCACCGCAGAUCAGACUGGCCACGCGAGCGAGGUUGGCAAAAGACCGGUCGAGAAUGAGGAAGAUGUCGAUCGGAGAGUUCGUCGUCGUGUGUCAAUCCUCCGAAUGGACACUGGCAUCUCGACUAUGUCUGAUGGCAACGGGCCUGUGGAGAUGGAACCAUUGGCCACCAGCGUGGAUCUCCAGAGAAUUCCAGACGCGGCCUACGGAAAGGGCUCGUGGCCCAAUGGGUUCGAAUUCCUCAAGGCUUUCCUCCUCGACCGAGAGAACCUCGCUUCCAUCACCGUGGAGCCCUACUACGAAGAGCUAUCGGAGACAAAAGACAAGGAAACCUUCACGGAGCUUCCUCUCUGCCUCAUCAAAGAGAAGUACGAGCACUUGCCAGGAGGUCAGACCGGAAAGAAGCAUCCCCAGUCCGACUCGGAGAAUAUGAUGAUCUACAAGGUGUUCGACUCCAUCAAAACUUCGAGUUCCAAUAUCAAUCGAUGUGGCAACCGCACGAGUGCCACCAUGACGGCCUCCAACAACAAGGCCGAACGAACUGCGAUCGCCGAGGUGCUCCAGGCAAAGGCCGCGAGCAUGACGAAGCCCAGCACAGCCUUAGGGUCGAAAGGGAACAAGGGCAAAGGAAAAGGCAAGAAGGGCAAAGGCAAGAAGGACCGAUUCGAUCGGAUUUGA